AGAAGAGUGUUGGGCUGUCAUAGUACCCCCGGUGAACUUCCUAACAUGUUCCUAACCUCCAAAGCAUAUAAACAAAAACAGUUCUAUCAGAGGUGCCCUAAGUGAAAGUGAAAAGUACAUUUAGCAAAAUGGUAGUCAGACAAUAUAAUGAAGAAUUGGCCUACUUGGAAAAAAUCAACAAUCACUGCUGGCGCAUCAAAAAAGGCUUUCAGCCAAACAUGAGAGUCGAGGGUGUGUUUUACGUGAACCAAACGCUCGAAAAGUUGAUGUUGGAGGAGCUUCGCAACUCGUGCAGGCCUGGAAUGGUUGGGGGAUUCUUGCCCGGUGUCAAACAGAUUGCCAAUGUGGCAGCCCUGCCGGGCAUUGUGGGCAAGUCGAUAGGGCUUCCAGACAUUCACUCUGGUUAUGGAUUUGCCAUUGGAAACAUGGCAGCGUUUGAUAUGAACGACCCAGAGUCUAUAGUGAGCCCAGGUGGGGUCGGUUUUGAUAUCAACUGUGGAGUCAGAUUACUGAGAACCAACUUGUUUGAAAAAGACGUUCAGCCCGUAAAAGAACAAUUAGCGCAAAGCCUAUUUGACCAUAUCCCAGUGGGAGUUGGAUCUAAAGGCAUUAUUCCAAUGAAUGCAAAAGAUCUGGAAGAAGCUCUUGAAAUGGGGAUGGAUUGGUCAUUGAGGGAAGGUUACAUCUGGGCGGAAGAUAAGGAACACUGCGAAGAAUAUGGUAGAAUGCUGAACGCAGAUCCAUCGAAAGUGAGCAUGAGAGCCAAAAAAAGAGGGCUACCGCAGCUGGGAACUUUAGGGGCCGGAAACCACUAUGCAGAAAUCCAAGUUGUUGAUGAGAUCUACGAUAAAUGGGCGGCCUGCAAGAUGGGCAUCGAAGAAAAAGGCCAAGUAUGCGUGAUGAUUCAUUCAGGAAGCAGAGGAUUUGGGCAUCAAGUAGCUACUGAUGCUCUCGUUCAAAUGGAAAAAGCCAUGAAAAGAGACAAAAUAGAAACGAAUGACCGACAAUUAGCGUGUGCUCGGAUUAAUUCAGUAGAAGGGCAGGAUUAUUUAAAAUCCAUGGCGGCGGCGGCCAACUUCGCCUGGGUGAACCGAAGUUCGAUGACUUUCUUGACUCGCCAGGCGUUUGCCAAACAGUUUGAUACGACACCCGAUGACCUGGACAUGCACGUUAUCUACGAUGUUUCCCAUAAUAUUGCCAAAGUUGAAGAGCAUAUUGUGGAUGGGAAGCAAAAGACACUCCUGGUGCAUAGAAAGGGAUCAACCAGAGCCUUUCCACCUCAUCACCCUCUGAUUCCAGUAGAUUAUCAGCUAACAGGCCAACCUGUUUUAAUUGGUGGAACCAUGGGAACUUGCAGUUAUGUUCUUACGGGCACAGAGCAAGGAAUGUUGGAAACGUUCGGUUCUACUUGUCAUGGGGCUGGUCGAGCUCUUUCCCGAGCCAAAUCACGCCGGAACAUUGACUAUACCGACGUUCUAAAACGAAUGGAAGAUAUGAAUAUUGCCAUCAGAGUGGCGUCUCCCAAACUGGUAAUGGAAGAAGCUCCCGAGUCAUAUAAGAACGUGACUGAUGUGGUCAACACUUGUCAUGCCGCAGGAAUCUCGAAAAAAGCCAUUAAACUCAGACCCAUCGCCGUUAUUAAAGGAUAAAAAUGUAUUUUUUUAACAAAUAAUAAUGUGGAAUAUAUUUGAAUUUCCAAUUGCA